AUGGCAAUCACAAAAAUACAUGCACGCUCUGUCUAUGAUUCUCGGGGUAAUCCAACAGUAGAAGUUGACGUUGUCACGGAGACUGGUUUACAUCGUGCAAUUGUCCCAUCAGGUGCAUCUACUGGUCAACACGAAGCAGUUGAGCUCCGUGAUGGUGACAAGAGCCAAUGGGCUGGCAAAGGUGUCACAAAAGCCGUCGCAAACGUCAAUGACAUUAUUGGACCAGCCCUUAUUAAGGAAGACAUCGAUGUUAAGGAUCAGACUAAAAUUGAUAACUUUCUUAUCGGUCUUGACGGAACACCAAACAAGGGAAAGCUCGGUGCAAAUGCCAUUCUCGGAGUUAGUUUAGCUGUUGCUAAAGCAGCUGCUGCUGAGAAGAAAGUACCUCUUUAUGCUCACGUCUCCGAUCUAUCUGGAACAAAAAAGCCUUAUGUUCUCCCUGUCCCUUUUAUGAAUGUUCUGAAUGGAGGAUCGCAUGCAGGCGGACGCUUGGCUUUUCAGGAGUUUAUGAUUGUCCCCUCGUCAGCACCGUCCUUCUCCGAAGCUCUACGUCAGGGAGCUGAGGUAUACCAAAUACUAAAGGGUCUCGCUAAAAAGAAGUAUGGUCAAUCCGCUGGAAAUGUUGGAGAUGAGGGUGGUGUCGCACCAGAUAUCCAGACCGCCGAAGAAGCACUUGACCUUAUCACUGAUGCCAUUGAGGCUGCAGGAUACACAGGUAAAAUGUUUAUCGCCAUGGAUGUUGCAUCGAGCGAGUUCUACAAAGAGGAUGCCAAGAAAUACGAUUUAGACUUUAAAAAUCCCGAAAGUGACCCAACAAAAUGGUUAACUUACGUCGAGCUCGCCGAUAAAUAUCAAACUCUGGCGAAGACAUACCCAAUCGUCAGCAUCGAAGAUCCAUUUGCUGAGGAUGACUGGGAAGCGUGGAGCUACUUCUAUAAGACUUCUGACUUUCAGAUUGUCGGAGAUGAUUUGACAGUCACUAAUCCUAUACGUAUUAAAAAGGCCAUAGAGUUAAAGUCCUGCAACUCUCUUUUGCUCAAGGUAAACCAAAUUGGAACUUUAACCGAAUCUAUUCAGGCCGCCAAAGAUUCUUAUGCAGCUGGCUGGGGUGUCAUGGUAUCACAUCGUUCUGGUGAGACUGAAGAUGUCACUAUUGCUGACAUAGUUGUGGGUAUUCGAGCUGGACAAAUUAAGACUGGUGCGCCGGCCCGAUCUGAGCGGUUGGCUAAACUUAAUCAAAUAUUAAGAAUCGAAGAGGAACUUGGCGAGAAGGCUGUAUACGCUGGAGGUAAUUUCCGAACGGCAAUUAAUCUAUAA